CGCACUAAUCACAUCAUUAUGAAAAAGAUUCAACUUCAGGUUUUGUGAUCUCUUCAGCCUCCAACUCAGACAUGCAAACAAUCCGGAGAACCUCAAGGAGAAACGUACCUUCUCAUAAUAAAGCUUAAGUAACAGUUUCUUUCUCCCCGAGUCUGACCCCAUUUCCACAUCCUGAGAUGGUAUUAAUAAUGGGUCUAGGAUCUGGUUCUGCAGGUUGGUUCGAGGUGUUCGAGAUGUUUUUUUAAUGUUUCACAAGCCAACAUUUGUGUAAUUUGAGCCUCCGACUUCAACAAUUCAGGAAGAACACCUUCAGUACUCUCUAUAACGCCCAGGUAGCCACGCGUGUACUGGAUGCAUCAAAUGGGAAUAAUCUAAAACAUUGUGAAUGUAAGCUUCUACACAUAUAACGAGCACACAUCCAAUUGUUACAAUUCAAAAGAGGGACAAAUGUAUUUACCUGGAAGAUGUAAAACUUCACAAGUACUGUGAGGAUAAUCUGCAUGUUUCUUUUUUAGAAAAGCUAGUGAGGAACUAAUAAUGAGUUUUGAUUGAACAAUUUAAAACGCUUAUUGCAAGCCAUUGCAGUGGUGCUUUUCUAACAUGACAUGAGAAUUUAAAUAAACUCAAGCUUCCAAAAUGUUCGCAUAAAGCAAGGUUGACAAAACCUUCCACAUUGUAAGUUGACAUUUGACAGGUCCCACUGCACAUGUAAAUGUUUUUAAUUGCCACCCCUUCAACAAGACAUUGGACGGGUUGUUUCUGUCUCCGGAAUAACUAACAAUAACUGCUUGUUCAGGAAGUUGAGGUUCGCAUUACGUGAGCGACGAAGCAGCUGAGCCCCUUUUGCUUACUGUUACAAAACAGGGGAAUUCGACAUGUAAUGGUUUUCCAAUCCUUCUUAAUGAGGAUCAAGGGUCGUCGGGAGGGAUUUGGAGUUAAAGUCUGAAACAAAGACCGGUGGCCCCUCAGAACUCAGCAGUGCCUCAAACUGAGAGGUUUUUAACAAUCGGUAAAUCGUAGAUGCAGAAAAACUGCAGGAGAUUGUUUUGAACACUCAACAAGUGUCAAUGCAGCAGAAGAAGAGCAUUUUCCUUCAUGCAAAGGCUGCACACUGUGUGACCCCUCUUCUUUCUACCUGACCUGUACAGGAGCAGCGCACCUGGGAAAGGCCACUUUGCUGAACCUGGUCCGAGGUGACUUACUGGUCUUCUGGUCGUUCGUCGUUUAAAGGAAAGAAGGAAGUCAACCUCACGGUUGGAGGAAGGACUGCCGAGCUUCCCUCUGAUCGAGUUCUCUCAGACCAAAAUAUGUCAACCACCACGGCAGACAGCGUAGAAAGAGGAACCAAAUCCUCUAAAGCACCGAAGGACCAUAAAAAGCCCACGGCAGCUGCCUUGAAAGGAGCCAUUCAGCUCGGCAUUGGUUACGCUGUGGGAAACCUCAGCUCCAAACCAGACAGAGAUGUUCUCAUGCAGGACUUCUCUAUGGUGGAGAGUGUUUUCCUGCCCAGUGAGGGCAGCAACCUGACUCCAGCCCAUCACUACCCAGAUUUCCGUCUGAAAACGUAUGCACCGCUGGCCUUCCGCUACUUCCGAGAGCUGUUUGGCAUCAAACCAGACGACUAUCUGUACUCCAUGUGUAACGAGCCCCUCAUCGAGCUGACCAACCCCGGCGCCAGCAGCUCCUGGUUCUACCUCACCAGCGACGACGAGUUCAUCAUCAAGACGGUGCAGCACAAGGAGGCCGAGUUCCUGCAGAAGCUGCUUCCUGGUUACUACAUGAACCUCAAUCAGAACCCGAGGACGCUGCUGCCCAAGUUCUACGGCCUCUACUGCAUCCAGUGCAGCGGCGUCACCGUCCGCGUGGUGGUGAUGAACAACGUGCUGCCGCGCGCCAUGAAGAUGCACUACAAGUACGACCUGAAGGGUUCCUCGUACAAGCGGCGCGCCUCGCGCAAAGAACGGCUCAAGUCCUCGCCCACGUUCAAAGACCUGGACUUUCAGGAGAUGCACGAGGGCCUGCACUUUGACCCGGACACCUACAGCGCCCUGAUGAAGACCCUGCAGAGGGACUGUCGGGUCCUUGAGAGCUUUAAGAUCAUGGACUACAGUCUCCUGCUGGGGAUCCACGUCUCAGACCGGAAGCAGCUGGUCAGAGCGAACCGAUGUGACAGCAGGAAGGGACAGAAAGUCCUCUACUCCACCGCCCUCGAGUCCAUCCAGGGGAACGCAAAGGCCUCCGAACCAGCGGCUGACGACGACACAUUGGGUGGAAUUCCUGCACAACAUAAAGAUGAGAAACUUCUCAUCUUUUUAGGAAUCAUAGACAUCCUUCAGUCCUACAGGUUCAUCAAGAAGGUGGAACACUCCUGGAAAGCUCUCGUGCAUGACGGGGACACGGUGUCGGUCCACAGGCCCGGUUUUUAUGCGGACAGAUUUUUGAAAUUCAUGGGCUCAAUUGUUUUCAAAAAGAUGCAUCCUUUAAGAGGAGCGUCUUCAAAGAGGAAGAAGAAUUCCUUCUACGCGGUAAAGUCCGCCUCUCAGGAGUUUCUGUCCCCGCUGAAGGAAGAGAAGAGUGAGGAGAAGAAAGCCCAGAGCCUGGACAACCUGGAUGGAGACUGUAAGCUUUACAGUUCCUCCAAGCAACCAGAUCUCCUUCCGAGAGUUUCUUUUGAGCCCACGGGAAACGACCAAGAGGACCUUGAGAACAGUGAAGCCCGGCGAGCCUCCAGUUCAACCAUCGCUCUGGACGACCCCCUGGCGUCUCUCAGCGGGAGCCCCGCAGACUCCGAACUGGACGUCUACUUGGGUCACACAGACUCACCCAGGGGACCCAGCUGGAGUUGAACAGUCGUUUGUGUCUCAGCAUCCACAAUGUAAGCAGCCAAUGACAUCUAAGGACUAUUAUAAUGAUUUUUUUUUUUUUUAACUGAUCUUCUCUUCUGGGGAAAAAAACACUGUUUCUGUCUGUGCCUCCAAAAAAAGGCUCAGCGGUCCGGAUGCUGACUCACAUUUGUAUCAGCAGAGGAAACUGAAUAAUCUCUUGCCGCUAUCCCAGCAUGCAGCAUCCGAUGCGUCACGUCUUCCUGGUACUUUCUUGGGUUCUAGAGGCCCCACUGGCAUCCUGUGACGUCAAUGCUGCAUGACUCAGCUGAGCAAUCUCCACACCCCAGCGGCCUUCAGUCCUUAAGUCUGUCGGCCCGAGAAACCUCAACGAAUCCCCUUUUCUACGGCGCUUUUCUUACGUAACCACCAAAUCCUUAUUCAAGCUUAUAUGAAGUGGUUCUUCAGCCCACAUUAAGCAGUUCUGCUGAUUCUGCUCUCUCUCUGGGAGGCCUGCAGAUGUUGGUGUUAAUCUGAUCUGAAAGCCUCUGACAAAAACUACAGCAUAAUGAGGGCAAAGGGGAAAAUGAAGGCCUUGGACUUCUCUGACAGCCAUUUGUAUUUUUUUAACCUUCAAACAAGAAGCACCAUAACUUUUUUUGCUUGUUUUUAAACUGUGUGUUUCCUUCUUCUUAGGUGGCCACUGGUUUUCAGUUAUUUUAGUAUGGUAUGAAAAUCUAAGUUUAAAUACACAAAACUUACUUGAGCAUUGAAAUAUAUUCGAUGUUCCUUUUGACGGUAACCCUCACUGUCGGUCCAAACCAAAAACACCAGACAAAAUUCUGCUUUAUUGUUUUUGGCAUUCAUCAGGAGUAAUCCAAUAUUCAUUGCUCUGAUGGGACGUCCUCGCAGAAAUAAACUGGAGCCUAAACUCAGUCUGUGCCCGACGCGUUUAAACUCAGCGAACAAAUUAAGAAACCAGAACCUGAUCCAAAGGCCAAAGCUAAAUUUCUACUAACAAUCAUCUGUUACCUAUUACUGACCAUUAGCAUGCCAGGCCAAGGCCACACAUUGUCAGUGUCACUUUCCCUCAGCAUCGCAUCUCAGUCAACACGGUGGAAAGAUGGACUCAGGUGAUUUAAACAUUCAAGAAAGAGAGAGGGCAAAGUUUCUAUAUAAAUCACAUUUAAAAAUGUUACCCGAAACCUGACCUGAGCCCUCAUACUUUGUCAUGAGAUCAACACCUCUCUUUUUGUUUUUAAUUGUACUUUUUCCCUGUAUACUGUAAUGAAUGGACUCUGGAGACAGACUCAGACCCAAGAGCAGAGCUCUCAAUGUUUAUUUAGGACGACAGGCAACUGUAGACUCAAGGGAUAAGGCAAUACGGGGAAUCCGGGGACAGACAGUGGUUCGGAGGGAAUAGGCAGGUUCGUAGUCGAGAGAAGGCGGAAGGUCGAUACACGGAAGCUCACUGGUUCUAUAGGAAUUAGGAAUAGGUCUCCUCUCUCGUGGGUGUUCAGAAUUCUGGUGAUUGGCUCCGGAGGACGCGUUCUUCAGCGCUCCCUCGCGGACAUAUACAACUGGGAUUGGAUGUGCAAACAUUCACUUUCUUUGCUUUGAAUAAUGGGGCUGCUAUAGCAUGGUUUAAUUGAAUUGUUUGACUUUCCAAAUAUAAAUAAUAAUGUAACAUUUUUUCCUUUAGGUCCUGUAAUCUAUUCCAGUGGAGAUUGUGAAUCUUCUAGCUUUAAUUAGUUUGACUCAAAUCACCAACAAAGGGAAAACAAUAACCCCUCUUUGUUUUCUAGUGAGGGGCCAAGUUGAAUCCUGACCUUUGACCCCCUGGUCCCACAGCUUCGAGACAUCAGGACGUCACAUUAGUGUAAAUGUGGCACAAACAGUCUCACCACUGUGAGCAACACUUUGUGCCUCUAUGUCUAUUCCUUUUUAGGCCAAAGUGAAAGUGCCAAAUCACUGGUUCUGUUAGAAAUCCCUUUAAUAACAGACGGGGAUGUAGUCUGUAUUUCUGUGUUAAGAUCAUUGAACCACUGUGGUUAUAUAGAACACUAUGAUGCCGUUUCCUCUCUUGUUAUUUGCACUUUGCUGCUAAUUUAACAGUGCUAACAAAGAAAAUAGAGUUUGAUGAUGUUCAUAUGUUAUCAGCGGCUGGAUCCCUGAGGAAAAAUAUUUUCUUGUAUCUUAAUUAGCUACAGAGAAAAAUAAUGUUAUUUUUUAAUUAUUACAUCGAACAGAUUUGAGAUAUUAUUCUGUUGAGGGUGUACAACCUAACAAACUUUAUGUAAAACUCAUUUUCCCAAUUUGUGUCGAACAAUAAAUCUUUAUUACAGAAGAUAAUAAUUAAUUUGUGCUAUUUUUAAACUCAAAUCUGCUACAUUCCUUAGUCAUUAAGGUACAUUUUUAAGGUACAUUUGAUCUAUUGAAUUAUUAAAAUGAACGUCUGCUUUAAACAUUUUUUUAAUCCUGAAGAUAUAUGACGAUCAUAUUGUAUUUUAUUCAACCGUCUAUUCUUUUUGGCUUCAAAUGUUUAAAAAUCUUUACUUUUGUGUGAUUUAUAGGCCUACAAUUGUAUUAUAGUGACUUGUGUCUGAACUUGUAUCUGUGAAAUAAAUUAAAAUCGUGUGUUCUUA